GCUUGGGAAGAAGGUGAAUCAGUCAACUCAAAUGAUCCGACCAUGCAGCAUCGCGCUAGGGUCCUGGCGGCCUCGUCAACCCAAUGACUGUGGCGUCAACAGGGGUGGCGGAGAAACAAGACUUAGUUCAUGGUGAAGCUGUAUGUCAAGCAUACAGCUGUGUCGCGUCUCUUAUGGCUGCUAUUCAACCGACCCCUCUCCCGUAGCCGCUCCUCUGUCCAUCAACCUUCGCUUGUCCUCGUCUGUCAUUGCAGCUCCCACCAUCAAACAUCUAGGAGCCUCGUUCACGAGCUCACAACAGUCGACAAAUUGUCUCUUGUCCCCCGACAGCAUCGGGAAAGUAUACUGCGGCGCUCAAUCUGGUUGAAAGGUCGAGAGAUGUGCUGACGAGACUUUGUUGCAGACGCACAGGUAGGGGAGGACUUCGGCGUGCC